AUGUUAUUCUUCGGGUUCGCGCUUUUCGCCAGGGCCGUCCUCGGAGUCGGGGCGCAGGGCGUCCCGGCAUGCGCAACAUCGUGUGCAAACGAGGUCGCUACUCUCGUCAGUUGCGGGUCCAUAGCUAAUACCACAUGUAUCUGUUCUACACCGCAGUUUCCGAAUCUUGGCGGCCAGUGCAUCGCCGAAACAUGCUCUUCCACCGAUCUCCCUGCUGCAAAGACGUUCUUCAUCGAUUUGUGCAGCAUGACCGCGACCUCGAGCUCUGCUUCGACAAACGCUGCAUCCACCUCAAUAGAUGGCUCGACCCUGUCGCCUUCUUCCGUCCAACCGACUACGUCUAGAUCGCCUUCGUCCAUUCCUACAUCGUCAGGGACAGGGAGGAGUAGCAUACUCAUACCGAGCUCAUCGUUCUCAGGCUCGACCCCGGCGAUAUCCGCUCCAGCGACGUCUUUGACUCCCUCGACUAGCUCUCCUCUCGCGACCUCUUCCGGGCCCAUCUUCACGCCACUGCCACCGCUGACUACGGUCCUCUCUGUUCUCUCAACACCACUGGACAGCACUGCUGCCGAUACCGAGUUCGUCUCCGAGCUCUGGGGCGUCUGCGUCGCCAAGCUCGACGUCGAGCGCAUCCCGUACACAUAA